AGGCAGCCCCGGCCGCCGGAACCGGUCGGACAGGUAGCGAGCUUGUUGACACCGUUAUGUUGCAGGGCGCAUGCUCACUCCCAAGUUUCCUGGUGCCUUUUCUAUUCCACCUUAUGAAACUUUUUCCUCGGCGUGGUCUCACCCGGGAUUUAAGGCAUAGGUGUCGCCGAGUCGGGAGGCUGGGAGUCGCCGGGCGUGCGGGGGAGAGGCCGGGCCGCGCCGCGGCGGGGGGCGGAGGGAGAGGGCCGGCCGGGCGGGAAGGUGGGCUCUGGCCGCAGGGAACCGGGGACCGAGCCGUCGCCGCCCCUAGAGGGGAGCAGCCGGGACGAGGGGGCCGCAGUCCGGGGAGGGGGCCCCACGAUGCCCAAAGUCUUCCUGGUGAAGAGGAGGAGCCCGGGGGUCUCGGUCCGCAGCUGGGAUGAGCUCCCGGACGAGGAGAGGGCAGACACCUACAUCCCAGUGGGCCUGGGCCGUCUGCUCCACGACCCCCCCGAGGACUGCCGCAGCGACGGCGGCAGCAGCAGCGGCGGCGGCAGCAACAGCGCGGGGGAGCCCGGAGGCCCGGAAAGCAGCUCGUCCCCGCGCGCCCCCGAGCGCGAAACCCCCGAGCCCGGCGAUGGCGAGGUCCCCGGUGGACACCUGGCGGCGAAGCAGCGCCCGGUUGCCAGGUCGAAAAUCAAGUUCACCACAGGCACCUGCGGCGGCGACGCAACGAUUCACACCUGCGACCUGUGCGGCAAGGCCUUCCGCCUGCAGCGCAUGCUCAACCGGCAUCUCAAGUGCCACAGCCAGGUGAAGAGGCACCUGUGCAGCUUCUGCGGCAAGGGCUUCAACGACACCUUCGACCUCAAGAGGCACGUGCGCACGCACACAGGCAUUCGCCCCUACAAAUGUGACGUGUGCCACAAAGCCUUCACCCAGCGCUGUUCCUUGGAGUCCCACCUGAAGAAGAUUCACGGGGUGCAGCAGCACUAUGCCUACAAGCAGCGCCGCGACAAGCUGUACGUCUGUGAAGACUGUGGCUACACGGGCCCCACCCAGGAGGACCUGUACCUGCAUGUGAAUGGUGCCCACCCGGGCAGCGCGUUCCUCAAAAAGACAUCCAAGAAACUGGCAGCCCUCUUGCAAAACAAGCUGGCAUCCACGCUCCAGGGCAAUGCCAACCUGAGCGAGGAGGAGGAGAAGUAGGAGAGGGCGUGGAUGCCAACGCUGCCACGUGUCCACAGAUUCCCGGUCUUGAGGGCCCCCUGACCCACGGACUCUUUCUAAGUCCAAGUGUUCCGUCCAUCUCUCUGUCCUCUGGGGGCCUCAAUGAGGGGCUCCGUUCCAAGGCUGUCAGUGAUAACAGUGGCUUCAGGCCCCCUGUAACCUGUAUCCUCAGGAACACUGUCACAUGAAUGAAAGCUUGUGGAUGGCUAUGAUCACCGUCUGGGGUUUGGGGUUUGUUUGUUUUUUUUUAGGAUUUUCACACAUGGAGGCAGGGGUGUUCUUAAGAGAGACACCCCUUGGAGAGA